AUGUGGUGCACAAAAUUAUGGCUGGCUGCCGCCAGCUUAUCGUACACUCUUCUCGAAGCGGCGCCGGUUGCUGAACCGUGUGAGCAUCGGCAAAGCCUACCAGAAGGAUGGACGAAGCAUCAACGUGUCGAGCCGAACGCGGUACACGAUGUUCAAAUCGCCCUCACCAUGGGAAACCUUGACAAGGCUGAAGACUGCGUGAUGGACGUGUCAGAUCCCGACUCACUCAAUUAUGGCAAACACUGGACUGCUCAACAAGUGCAAGACUUUUUCCGCCCCACCGACGAGACCAUCGAUGCCGUACGUCAGUGGAUCGAAGAGACCAUCGCGAGGGACAUUGAUCACACCUUGCACAAGGGACAUCUUCGGUUCAUGGCGACGACUUCUGAAUUGGAGAGCUUGCUGGAGACCGAAUACCACUACCACCACCACGAUUUGGUUCGGCGCGGCGUGCCGGCAACCGACAUCUAUCACGUACCGGAGCAUGUUCGUAGACACCUGGACUACAUCACUCCAGGCACAGUUUUGCCGAAAGUGAACAAAAGAAGUCCGAGCAACGAAGAGCCAGGAGAAGCGUCAAUUCCGCCCAUCCAAGAGCGUGAUCUGCUCAGCGCCCGCGAUAUACCAUGCAACGUCACAGGAAUGUCGCCUCAAUGCAUCAAAAAGCUAUACGGCAUCCCAGACACUCCGCCAAAAGCAGUUGCAGGUUACGAGCACGCCAUAUACUCGACCGGCAAUGACCCCUGGGAUCAGCUCAGUCUGGACACCUUCUUCAGUACUCAGACCAAUAUCCCGAAAGGCACUCAUCCGAAGUCAUACAAUAUUGCUGGCGCACCUGAACCUGAGGCCGAAUACAGAGGUUACGUUGAAGAGACGAACAUCGAUUUGGACGUGACGUAUCCGCUGUUAUACCCUGCGGAGAUUGUGUUGUUGAACGAGGGUCCGAAGGAAUAUCAAACAAAUAAUGCCGGAUACAUGAACCUGAUGCUCGACGCCCUGGAUGCAUCGUAUUGCACCUACACCGCGUAUGGUGAGACCGGCGAUUACCCUGGACUAGGCGGCGAGGUCAAGAAUAAGGACUGCGGAACCAUCAACCCGCCUAAAGUCAUUGCAUCUUCUUGGGAUGCCACUGAAGACUACAUUCCCUUAGCCUAUCAGCGUCGUCAGUGCAACGAAUUCAUGAAGCUCACUUUGCAAGGCGUAUCGUUCAUCUACGCGGUCGGCGACUGGGGUAUAGCGAACGGUGGUCACACAUGCUAUGGUCCGAAGGGAGACAUGUGGGGUGUACCUUGGCCCGCGAACUGCCCUUAUGUGACCGGAGUUGGAGGAACUCAGAUCAAGGACGGUGCGGACCCAACGGAUCCAGACUCUUCUCCAGAGGAGGCGUUGGACGGUCGCAACCCCCAGACAUUGUGGCAAUCGUCUGGCGGCAUUUCCGCAGUUUACGAUCGACCAUCAUGGCAGUCGACAGCCGUGGGGGGAUACCUGGACAAUACCAAAAUCGAUGCGCUAGUCAAAAGUGGAGAGUAUGGCCACUACUCCACGUUGGGCCGCGGCGUUCCAGACAUCUCCGCCCUUGGGGACCAUGUCUACGUCCGAGGCAAUGGACACACUCUGGGCACGACUGGAGGCACUUCGGCUGCGGUUCAUGUGGUGGCCUCGAUGAUCUCUCGCAUCAAUCUGGAGAGGAUGUACGUGGGCAAAGGUCCCGUUGGCUUUCUCAAUCCAACGCUGUACAAGUACGCGGACAAAUUCAUCCGUGACAUCACGGAUGGACGACCCAAUGGUAAUUGUGAUCAGCCUGGUUUCCCGGUUGCCAAGGGAUGGGAUCCGGUCACUGGGCUUGGGGUGCUCAAGUACAAAGAGGCACUGGAAUUUUUCCUCAGCCUUCCAUAG